UUUCUAAGAAAAAAAAAAAAAAAUUCCAGUCACUCAACCUGAGAGUCUGUAACCUGAGAGAAUGACCACCAGCUGUGGCUGAUUUGGUAUCGAGAUGCAGCAGAAAGACAAAAGAGGGAGCGUCAUUUUUGGUUGAAAUGUUUCCAUGUGGUGAACCAUUGUAAGGCUGUGUACGUGUUCAUACAGGGGUGAUGAUCAUUGUGACUUUCUGCACCUUUAAUCUGGUUCUUCAGUGUGUUGACAGGUUUUCUGUUUAUAUCUGCUUGUAAAGACGUCUCUGCUUGGAUUAAUAAGAUCAGGGCAGACAGUGAAAAACAUUAGACCAGGAAGAGAACAAUACACUACAACCUCUGUCAUUCUCAAGUCUGAUAAAUACAACUAUAAAGCCAUAAGGAUCUGAUGAUGAUUCUGCUACAAUGGUGUUAAUAGAUAAACUCUGUAAAUAUGUCUAGAACCAUUUCCAGGACUCCCACCAUGGCCAGAUUCCCGGGUCCUGCUCUGUUCAACCACAUCCUGAUGAUCAACUGUCAGUUUCUGCAUUAUUCCUCUGGUAUUGACUGUAUGGGAACAGACGUGACUAAAUUAAUAUAUUUCUAUUUUUCUGUUAGUUCAAUCAAUCAAGUGUAUUUAUAAAGCCCUUUCUACAUCAACAGUUGUCACAAAUUGGUUUUAGUUGUGGUUAGCCCUUGACUCAGUGGGGCCUGGCCUUUGGGGUGUGAGAACAGAGUCUGUUGUCAUGUCUGCUUGUAAUGAAACCUCUGGCCAGGUAUAAGUAGAUCUUUGCAGACUGUUUGUGAAUCAGAAGUCCUGGAGGAGAACAAAACACAAGAAUAUCAUCCUUAAGUCAGGUUUUGUCCACAGGUGGUGUAGAAGUCAUGUGGAGAGACACCAUCCUAACUGUUGCUGUGUUGUAUUUCUUCCAUACUUGGACUUUGGGUGUGGACUCAAAGACGGUGCAUUUCAGUCCACCUGGUCUAAAUCCCAGCAUACCUUUAGACAUGGUCCCUGACUCCGUUGAUGACAUGUACGAAGGCUGCACUGAACCAAUGUACACGGAAGUGGAGAAGAAAUAUCUUCCUCGUGAAAAGAAAAAUGAGCCCUUUAAAAAAGCCUGGAGUUCAGCAGAACUUUGUGCAAAAAAUGUGAAGGACCGAUUUAAAAAAAAAACAACACAUUUUGAUAGUGCUGAACUUACACAUGAUCAUAUCAAAGCUAUUUGUGUUUACACAAAAGGAUAUACUCCAAUCUAUGCAGAAUUUAAUGAGGCAGUCCGCACCAAUAAAACAGUGUACAAAACCACCUUUAAGUUCCACUCACUGCAUUUCCUCCUGACUGAUGCUCUCCGCCUACUGAAACUAAAGCAACCUAACUGUCACACAACAUACAGAAGAUCCAAAUCGGCUUUUGAGGGUAAGGUCAACCAAAUAAUCAGAUUUGGCUACUUUGCCUCCAGCUCUCUCAGCAAGGAAAUGACACAUUUUGGAAGAGUCUCCUGCUUUAAAAUAACCACAUGUUCAGGAGCUUUCCUCAAGUCCUACCCAGUGAUGGGAGACAAAGAGCAGGAGGUGUUGAUUCCUCCCUUUGAGAUGUUUAAAAUUAUCAAAAAGGAAAAACCAAAUUUUCUGAAUUGUAAUGUUCUCUACAUAUUAAAGAGUAUAGGCAGGUGGAGUGAUCUGAAUUGUAAAAAUGUUUAGACAUGCAGUUUUAAAAACUAACUCAGUGAACUUCAGACAUUUAAAUGAAACUGUUUAUGUUGCUUAAGCUUGCAGUAGAAUCAUCUCUUUUAGUCAGACCUUCAUAGGGUUUCACAGACAAAUGUAGUUUCCUGUGAACCACAUGAGAAACACAACUAAUAUUUCCACUAAGCACAAAUCAACAAUCUGUCUAAACAUUUAAUCUGGGACAGAAAGCUUUAGAAAGCUAAAUUAAUAUUAAUGUGUGAGUCCCAGGGAAGGACACAUGAUGUGAACAAAGACUUAUACAGACACCACUUCAGUAACAACGUUGUUUAUUUGUUAAAUGUUUUAUUGAAUCUUUAUUGAACCUCUAUUUUACCAGGUAGGCCAAUUGAGAACAGAUUCUCAUUUGCAAUGGCGACUUGGCCAAGACGAAGUGCAAUUUGGCUUGAUUGAGUUUGCAUGUUGCCCCAACAGAAUAAAAUACAGAAAGUGGAAACCCCCCCCACCUUACACUUCAGGCAGGCCAAAGCAAUUUCUCAAGUAUUUAAAAGAUUUCAAAAGCAAAAUUGAACCUAGGUUGUCUACAUCAUUUACUGUAACUAAAGUAUGAUGACCAGUGUAUUUGUUGUAACUAUAUUGACCAUUGUAUUUCUUAGUAACUACAUGGCCUACAUGGGAAAAUAUACUCUGUGUAUUUAGAGUGAAUAGUUUUAUCCUAUAUGUUGAAAACCUUGAAUGUAUUUUCAAAGAAGCAUCACACAAAACACGCUCUACUCACUCUCUCCUCUGUUCACUCUCUACUCACUCUCUCCUCUGUUCACUCUCUACUCA